CGCAUUGCACUUUGUGGUGCUCGGUUGUGGCUGUCGUUGUGUUAAUUAAUUCUGUGUGGUGUGUCUCUCUGUGCUACUGUCUUUUGAGUAUUAUUACUCAUUUGCAUGCAAAUCAAAGCUGGAUUAGCUGUUAACCUCCGACAUUAGCCAACGAUUUUAGUAUUGAUUUUUGUUAAAAGUGUAAACACAAUGUCAAAGGACAUGGAUGUUGAGCAGGCGGCGCAGGCGACAAAGACGACGACGACUUCAAUAGAAGUUAAAGCGGAACCUGUGGCUGUUGCCGAACCAAUAACAACAACAAUAGUAGCAGUCCCAGCGCCAACAGUAACAGCAACAAAUGGCGAUAGCAGCAGCAAGGCGGUUGAGGAGCAAAAGCAACAACCAGCAACGGCAAUAACAACAACAGCAGAACAAGUGCAGCCGUCAGUUGCCACCGUCGAAUCGACCGCAAAUAAAGGCAACAAGUCCAAUAUGGAUCCGACGCUGAUCAACUUUAAGGUGCUCUACGUGCUGACACAGCUGUGUGGCUUGACGAUGAUUGUGCUGGUCGGCACCUGGAUCGGGCAGCAUUUUGGUGGCCUGGGCGGCACUGACAAUCCCAAGCAGGAAUUCAAUUGGCAUCCGCUCUUUAUGACCAUUGGCUUUAUCUACUUGUACGGCAAUUCCAUUCUCAUUUAUCGCGGCUUUCGCACUACACGCAAGAAGACUUUGAAGCUCACCCACGCCGGCAUACACAUGGCCGCCUUCGUGUUGACGGUGAUUGCGUUGAAGACGGUCUUCGAUUCGCAUAAUCUGGUUGAUCCGCCCAUUCCCAAUAUGUAUUCGCUGCACUCGUGGCUGGGCCUGUCCGCUGUCAUCAUCUUCUGCCUGCAGUAUGUGGCUGGGUUCAUGGCCUUUCUGGUGCCAGGCAUGCGGGAGAACUAUAAGAUUGCUCUGAUGCCGCUGCAUAUAUAUUUCGGACUGUUUGGCUUUGUGUUGGCCAUUGCCAGCGCCGUUAUGGGACUCACCGAGAAGGCCAUAUUUGCGAUCCCCAACUAUUCGACGCUGCCCGCUGCUGGUGUGUUGGCCAACAUAAUCGGCGUGCUCUACGUUGUAUUUGGCGCACUCGUUGUUUACCUGGCCACAGAGCCCUCGUACAAGCGAAAGGCUAUACCGGAGGAUACAGCUCUGCUCUCUGCCAAUGGAACUGAGUAAAAUUGUGCCGCUCCCCAAACGACCAGCUGCAAUCAUAACUUAAGCUCAAAACUGUGCACAAAACUAAACAAAUCCCAUAGUGGAGGAUGCUAUUACCCGUGUGGUGCUUCGUGUUUCGUUCAUCUCAAAUGCUCUACGAAAUGUUAAAGUUGAAAUGCGUGUUUUAAUUAUAAUAGUAA